AUGAAGCCGAAUCAAUGCGGGAAAGGGAGAGGGCUGUCACUGUUGAUGCAUAUUCUUAGGCUGAGUGGUAACGGCAGUGAUAUGAUACUGGAUGCGUCUGGCACAGGAGUUGAUCAGGCCCGAGCCGGGCCAAGCAAGUUCAGGAGGUCUCCGAACAUUGACCAGCCGGACAGUGGACAGCAGGAGAUUGGACAUCAGGAGACUGGACAGCAGGAGAUUGGACAGCAGGAGAUUGGACAGCAGGAGAUGGGACAGCUAGUUAAUGACAUCAUGCAUACUUGCUUCCUGCACUCGGAGAUGGCACCGGUUGGCGCGGUGCCCGUUGGGGUGGUGCCCCGGGGCCCGUGGCCGCCAGCGGAAGUUUUAGUGAAGAUUACGGGGCGGCUGCAGCAGAUGUUACAUCCCGAGAAACUAGGCUGGAAGAAAGCGGGAACAUCGCGAGCAGGUGUGGAGUCCUCCUUUUGCGCGUGGCGGUGGGCCCGACUGGCGGGAGUGCUGUACGACGUACUGGACCGCACGGAAAUGAUGCGUUUGCUGGAGACGUCUCAUGAACUAGUGGGUCGGCCCGAAGGAGCAACGAAUCAAUGGUUUUUGGCGAAGUUAUUGCAGACCUAUGUACGAAUAUCAGCUGCAGCAACUUGGAUUAAAAUGCUCCGGUUGCCCCCGGACGACGGUUUAUACAGCUGUGCGAAACUGUACGAGGAUACCGUAGCGAGCCGCUUCGAGAGGUUGCCCGUCAAGGACGCCUCUGAAAUAGAUCGAGUCUGCCUCGUUUCCCAAAUCUUCCACCUCCUCCUUCGGGCACGGGGCGAUCAAGAUCCUGAUUCCUACUGGAGCCUGCAGAAAUACUGUAAAGAACGCUUCUACAAAACAAGUCAGCAAGCCGUCGAACUCUCCUCAUUCAUCUACAACCAAAUCGGCAGCGACUGUUUUAAGCUGAUGAGUGAAAUCGCCAGACAGAUCUUGGGUCCCCCAAACGCAGAAGGACCCCUCUCAGACCCCUGCAUCAUCGGGUGCUUUCUUAGCGCCAUCCAUUGCUCUAUGCCUCGAACCAUACAGCAACUCUGCAAUCGUCUGAGGGUUCCUUACAGUAAAGCCUCAGGGAAAAAUUAUUUUGACGUUCAUCACGAAGGCACCGACUUCUUCGGAUACCUCCCCGCUCUUAAGUCCCAACUACCCAUGACCGUUGAAAGAGUGCAGCUGGUAACGGUAUUACCACAGCUGGUGGAAUCACCUCUUCCGCUGGAACUGCCCCUUGUCCUGACCAUACCUCCUGAACUGGAGAUGCUUCUUGACUCGGAGCUACGUUGUGCGCUGCACAUGCCACCUACACCGGAACCACAGACGGCUAUGGAACCACAGACGGCUAUGGAACCACAGACGGCUAUGAAACUACAGACGGCUAUGGAACUACAGGCGGUAAUGGAACCGCAGAUGGUAAUGGAAUUACAGGCGGUAAUGGAAUCCGAGACCGUGGUGGAAUCCGAGACGGUGGAGGAGCCAGAGAUGGUAGUGGAAUCCGAGACGGUGGUGGAGCCAGAGAUGGUAGUGCAACCAGAGACAAUGCUAUACUCACGAAACACAAUGCCAGAACCGUGCGGGGUGGCCCUGCUAACAAAUUCCCAUCAAAAAAUCCUUGACUCGGCUGUUCAAUACGUAAUAAGUUGGAACGAUUUAGUCUUGCAAGGACUGCCAAGAAGCGGAGCUGUGGCAGACCCAGUUUCUGAGAAGCCUCUACACUUACGCAGACAGGCAUCAACAAAAAAUGACGAGAGCACACAUGGUAAGAGGAGGAAGAUGGGUUCAACGCCGAUAUGA